UAACUUGUGUACCCGGUACGUAGGUUUUGCAAAGCCACAUAUAACUUAGUCAGUUGCUUCUUUAUAUACUUGUCAUAUCAAUUAAGCAUUUCAUUUGGUCAUUUAUUGAAAAUAAUUACCGUAGCCUGCUCAAUUAUUCACAACAAGCACGUCACAUCAAAAGGUAACGUGGAGCACGUAGUGGUACCUAAGCAGCCAGCCCACCUUUAGCCAUAGGCUACCUAGAAAUUGAGGAGCUAUUGCCAGAGAAUCAAGAAAGAGGUAGUGAUUCCCAUAAAAAUGAUAAACUUUCAUUUUGGGACAAGAAAAAAGAGGGGAAUUCAGAUUUUAUUGAAGUAUUUUUACCACCACCAACGUGCUUCCCAGCUUUUCCAGCCCUUACAUAUCCUUCCUAAAGAUGCUACAGUAAAGAAAGAUGAACUGAUAUCACUUUCACAAAAGCUUUUGAUGGACUGUGGCAUUGUACGGCCAAGGGGAAAUGGAAUGUAUGCUUUUCUGCCACUUGGCCAAAGAGUCCUUGCAAAGCUGACAAAUAUUAUUGAUGAAGAAAUGAAACUUAUUGGUGCUCAAAAGUUGCUGUUACCUACUCUUACUUCAGGUCACCUUUGGAAAAAGACCGGUCGAUGGGAGUUAACAGGUGAUGAGUUAAUUAAAGUCAAGGAUAGGCAUGAAAAAGAUUAUGUAAUAAGUCCAACGCAUGAGGAAGCGGUGGUUGAUAUGUUAGCAGAAACAUAUUCUCUUACACAUCGAAAUCUACCUUUGCGUCUCUAUCAGAUAUCUAGUAAAUUUAGGGAUGAAGCCAAUCCAAGGUUUGGCCUUUUGAGGUGUAAAGAAUUUUUGAUGAAGGAUCUGUAUACAUUUGACAAAGAUGAGGCUUCUGCAGUUUCCACUUAUGAGCAAGUUUCCAAGGCAUAUGAUGCUGUAUUUCAAAGGCUUGGUGUACCUUAUGUUAAAGUUGCUGGAGAUUGUGGAACUAUUGGUGGAAGUUUCUCCCAUGAAUACCAUUAUCCAGCAGCUAUAGGACAAGAUAUUUUACUCAUAUGUAAUGGAUGCGGUUCUGCAGUGAACUCUGAGCUUGCCAAUAACUCAGAUGCUAAGACGUGCGCAUCAUGUGGUAGUGUUAUUACUGCAACAAAAGGAAUUGAGGUUGGUCACACUUUCCUUUUGGGAACAAAAUAUUCAGCUCCACUCAGUUGCUCUUAUCAGAAUGAAAAGGGAAAACCUUCACUCGUACAAAUGGGAUGUUAUGGUAUUGGGGUUUCAAGAGUUCUUGCAGCUGCUGUUGAGGCAUUAUCCUGUGAAGCAGGCAUCAGAUGGCCAUGGGCAAUUGCUCCUUAUAAAGUGUGCAUCAUCAGUCCAAAGAGAGGCAGUAAAGAGGCAAAUGCAGCUUCAUGGGUUAAUUUCUUGGCAAACACCAUAGGCAGUAUAGGUUUUCAUGACGACAUCAUCGUUGAUGACCGAGAUUCAUUUACCAUUGGAAAACGUGUGAUGGAGGCUAAAAAGGUUGGCUAUCCUAUUAUCAUUGUUGUUGGCAAAAAUGCUUGUGAACUUGUGCCCAGGUUUGAAUUAAUUGAUAUCACAAGCAGUAAUGUACAGUUGUUUUCUCAUGUUCAAUUACUAGAUUUUUUAAGGUGUAAUAAAGCUUUAUUGUAAGUUUUUUCUUUUAUAUUUUAUGAUUUUCAUACAAGAAAGCCAUGGUCAUCAUACUUCAGCAUUGCUGACAAAAAUGAUUAAAGGAACAAAAUCACAUUUAGCUGGAUAAAGCAGUAGAUGAAG